ACAUGCCUAAUUACCAUCAGCAAUGUACGUGUCAAGAGUUUGCCGGUACCCUUUACUGCGCUGCCGCAUAAAUUGAUCGUGCAGAUCGUCGGUCGGUUUUAGUAAAAAUGUACGGCGUUGCCUAGGUCGGAAACUGUGCAUAAAAGUAGAUCAGCGAUCUAUGCCAGGCUGCGACACCAUUAAAUACGUGUUUGCUCUACGAUGAUCUUAACAUUCUUCUACAUGGUGGCAACAUGGGUUCAAGCCUGGAGGCUAUCGUCGCUGAGAACACGCCUAGCUGCUAUUCUCCAAAAUACAAAUUCUCCUACUCCAACCAUAGCAUUUUACAUCAAUUCCACUGGUUGUAUAAAGCAAGAAUCCAGUGUAGUAAAAACUGCAUCCAGUCAGAGCAACGGUAGCACUGAGAGUCUCAGUUCAGAAUUAUGCAGCAACAGAAGUCUUGCUAAACUAGGGGAUCUUCUUUGGUAUCAAGGCGAUAAACAACUAUGCUCCGUAUACCCACAACAAAAAGUAAAUGUGUCAGACUGGCUAAAGUUCCCUCUUGGAAAGACAAUGUUUCCUUUAUGUAUGCACAACUACAGUAAAGAUGCAUCUCUCGGAGAAUGUAGGAUGCAUGUGCUUGUAGAAGCUGAAUUAGAUCAUUAUAAUCCUACCGCAUCUAUUAAAGCAACAAAGCUUGAGGAUUAUGGCACAGUCGUGGCCUGGACAUCGAACAAAUACAUAUCCCUUAUACUUGAAAUGGAUUUAGAUUAUCUGACCAAAUUGUGUACAGCAUUGAUGCACGGACAACAGUUCAUCAAUAAUGGGCUUUGUUUAACUCGUGUACAAUCUGUAGUGGUCGAUGGGAAGCCAUGUGUUUACAACAGUGAUAAGCUUGAAUUAUUUCAUAAGAACAAGUUGAUAGGUAAAGCACAAUGGAAUGCUCAAGUGAAAAAUCUACGAAUAUUUAGUAGUACUGCCAGGAUAGUAUCACAGCAAGGAAUACCUAUUGAGGUGGAAGAAACACCAGGAAUUUGUAUAUCCCCUGGAAAUGAGAUUCCCACACUUCAUGCUCCAACAAUCUUGGAAAUUACAAUACCUUCAGAUGCAGUAGCUACACAGAGUACAUCAGAUGCGCCUUUUCCUUCAACACCGCCACCUACCCCGGCAUCUGCAUCUGCAAUUAUCAAUGGGACAGUAUUAAGAUUAUCGCAAGAAUUGAGUGGUUCCUUAGAAUGUAGUCCUACAUCGUCAUUGGAUACACCAACGGUCUUGUCUGCUAGUCCAAGCCCAUCGAAAUCCCACGACCUUACUUUAGUUGAUUCUGUUGAAUCAAAUCUGACGAAAUCUGUCGUAGUUAUUGACUCGAUUCCACCAGAAUGUUUGGAUGUAGUACCGAGUGAUUGUCCUACUAAAAUACCAUCACCAAAGUCACUGCCGCUCACCAGUACAGCAAACUAUUCACCAUCAAAGAAAGCAGUCACUGGAUCAGGGAAUUAUGCCAAACCUCCAAACAUACUUCUAUAUGCAGACAGUACCAUUGCCAUCGAUAAUGUGAAGCGUGUGCUGGAAUCUAUUCUGAAUAGGAAUAAGUACACGAUAUACACACUGUCUAGUGACGAAGCACGUAGUGAUGUCUGGAUGGAUCAAGCCAGAUUAGUAGUUGUAUGUGGAAAUGUUGGAGUGGAUGUUGCGUCUCAGCUGGUUGAGUACAUGGUGCGAGGUGGGAGGCUACUCGCUCUAUGCUCUGAUACGCUCCAUACGUUAUUGCCAACAUUCAAGACAGCUGAAGUACGCGAACAUGAGCUCGUUCGCUUUUCAUAUGGCAAAUGGAAACAUGUCCGCAUGAUGCAUCAUAUUUUUUGCUAUCAAGCGUCUCCUGCAAAAUCCAGGUUUUCCCAAGAUCAUGAAGAUGUCAAAGUUUCCGCACCGAUGACGCCUGCCUCAGCAAAUGUUCGUGAUAAAGCAGGCAAAACGCACACUUUCCAUGUGAGAGUAUUAGGAACUGAAGAAACAUGGCACACACCGAGUCUUCUACUGGCUAAUCUUCCAGCUACUGGUGGCAAAGCUGUAUUUUCGCAGAUUCAUCUGGAAGUGGAUCCCUCACAGUAUGAAUUUGAAGAGAGCAAAUUUUCAGCUCUAAAACAGAGUAAUUCAGCAAGACUUGAAAUAUUCAGUGAUUUGCUAAGCUCCCAUCUUGGAAUGGAUGUCUGUUCCGAACCCCGUAUACUUCCAGCUUAUAGCCCUGGUUUUUUCUUGGGGCGACACGAGCUUAAGUUAGAAAUGCUGGAGAAGUUAAAAGAUAGGAUGCUACCGAAUGACAUAAUAAAAACUGGAAAAUUGGAGAUUCAGUUUUGUGGAAGAAGCACGGAGGGCAUUUCUGCAUCAGCGUCGCUUUUACCAGUAAUGAUUCACCAGUGUCCAGAUAAUUUUUCUACCGUCGAAUAUUUUGAGAAUUUAAGUUCAGAAGAACUGGGCCGCUUAGUGAUAUAUGCUGAUGUAAUGACAUCAUCAAUGGAUGUCGUAGCAAAUUGUCAACUACAUCAUGGACUGGCUGUAAUUCCAUGUCAGCAGAUUAGCGGACAAGGGCGGAGCAAGAAUGUGUGGCUGAGUCCAAAAGGUUGUGGAAUGUUCACAUUGCAGUUACAUAUUGCAUUAAAUUCGAUAUUAGGUGGGCGGUUAUCACUCAUCCAGCAUUUAGUUGCUGCUGCAAUAGUCUCUGCAAUAAAAUCUAUUCCAGGCUAUGAGGACAUAGAUCUGAGAUUGAAAUGGCCAAAUGAUAUUUAUGCUGGUAGUACGGCCAAAAUUGGAGGUUUAAUAGUGACGUCGUUGAUUGAAUCUGAAAUGGCAAUUUGCAAUAUUGGUGUUGGAGUGAAUUUAUCCAACAGUGAGCCGACAUGCUGCAUCAAUGACUUGAUCACUCGUCAUAAUGAUCAGUACAGUACCAAUUUGCCAAUAUUGACUGCUGAAAGGUACUUUGCUCUUGUAUUCAGUGAACUGGAGAGGAUAUUAAACGUUGUUCAAACUGGCAACAUGAAUCACUUCUAUGAGAUUUACUAUGAAUAUUGGAUGCAUACUGAUGCUGAAGUCAUGGUAGUCUCACCAGAAGGAACAUCACAAGAGGCGAAAAUAUUGGGAAUUGAUGAUUACGGAUUUUUGCAAGUUUGUGAUAAAGGCGGAGAAAUUUUUACCGUGCAUCCGGAUGGUAAUAGUUUUGAUAUUCUCAAAGGACUGAUUGCCCCGAAAUAGUAAACAUUCAGCCCAAGAUUCAAAAGAGAGUACAGAUAACGUGCCGGGGGUAGUGCAAUAUUUAUUAUUUAUUGUUGGCAUAAUUUACUUUCUAGCUUCGCAAAGAAUCGGCUGUGAGUUUUCACACCUCUUAAACACCUUAUCUAUACAAUUUCUUUGUUGUUCGAUGUUACUACUGAAAUAAUGCUAGACUAGAAAUUAAAUUGAUGUAUCAGACCUUAUGUGGGAAGAAGUAAAACAUUAAAAAACCAAAAUAAGUAAUGGAAGUCCAAUUAUGGUUGUGGAUUCAAAUAGUAAUUUGAAUAGUGACUUACCUAUCUUCAAUUGGCAUUUAUACGUCGGGUUGGUGCAUUUUUACAGUUUUGUACGAUUAGGUUGUUAUGUAGUUGAAACAAAUUUAUAACUUAUUAAA